GGUCCUGGAGAAUUUCCCCGACUGGUGGUCCAAGAACCGCCGCGCCCCCCCUGGGUUGGAGAUAGAGAAGCAGGAGGACCUGGAGGAGUUGUACCGCCACGCCGGGACGCUGUUCGACCUAGGCAUCCCGCUCACCCUGGGCGAGCGGCGCACCCCGGCCUUCCGGCUGUUCCAGGACCUCGAGGCUUGGGGCACACGCGAUACCGCCCUGAGCAUGGAGGACCUGAUAGGGCCGGACACCUCGUUGACCUUGCUGAUUGGCACGGUGAUCGGUGAGGUCUUCCCCGGCCACGGCGGCUUCCUGGACAUGGCCGUGUACGACUCGACCGGCAUGUCGCAGACGAAGGGGGUGAGGAAGACCUCGCUGCGGCUGGUC